UCAGUUCGUAUCAAUAUGAAAGUACUUCUUACUAUUCUCGCUUUGGCUACUGCCUCCGCUUCUGGCGCUGCGUUGCCCGGUGCUGCAGAGAAGGCUAUUAACGUAAAGGAUAUCUCCGGCCGCAUUACAAACGGCUAUCCAGCCUACGAGGGCAAGGCACCCUACACUGUUGGUCUUGGUUUCAGCGGCGGUUGGUGGUGCGGUGGCUCCAUCAUAGGCCACACCUGGGUGCUGACUGCCGAGCACUGCACGGGUAGCGAUGUCACAGUAUACUUCGGUGCCACCUGGCGCACUAACGCCCAGUUCACCCACUGGGUCAGCCGCAACGACAUCAUCAACCACCACAACGCUGAUAUUGCAUUGAUCCGCAUUCCCCAUGUGGACUUCUGGCAGAUGGUUAACAAGGUUGAGCUACCCAGCUACAAUGAUCGCUACAAUGACUACAACGAAUGGUGGGCUGUUGCUUGCGGUUGGGGCGGCACUUACGAUGGUAGCCCAUUGCCCGAUUGGCUUCAGUGCGUCGAUCUGCAGAUCAUUCACAACUCCGAGUGCCAGCAAACAUAUGGUUCUGGAACUGUUACCGACAACAUUCUCUGUGUGCGAACUCCUGAUGGUAAGUCCACCUGCGGUGGUGACUCUGGCGGCCCAUUGGUUACACAUGACGGUAACAAACUGGUCGGUGUCACAAACUUUGGCACAGUUUCCUGCACAUCUGGGGCUCCUGCUGGCUUCCAGCGUGUCACAUAUCACUUGGAUUGGAUCCGUGACCACACUGGAAUUGCUUACUAUUAGUUGGCUUUUUGAAUAAAAAAUAAACUUCAUUGAACUAUA